AUGGCUUGUUUCUCUGUUGUUUGCAAUACUGGGUUUUACCCUGUCCAUAAUAAUUUAGGAGUUCAUGGUGGAAAGCCCAAGUCUUUUGGCAAAUUCAGAGACUUUUGUUGUGAUUCAUUUGCUUUUAGUUCUCCUAGAUUUGAUAUAGGUUGCAAAUUUCAACAUGGGUUGGUCUGGGACAGUGAGCUCUGGCCAGUCACUAAUGGAAAAAGUGGAGCUCAUUUACAGAGAUAUAAUAAUAAUGAUGGUAGUAAAUCAAAACAUGGGUUGCGUUGUUAUAGCAAAAUAGGGCCACUGAUAAAUGAGAACAGUGCAAAUAAGCAGAUCAAUUUAGGGAAAAAGGGUGGCAGUAAUUCGAGGAAGAGGUUUUCGUUAAGAUUGCGUCCGAGAGUGCGGUUAUUAGCUUUGAAAUUGAGAAGAGUGUCGAUCCGGUCAAUGUUGAUUGAUGUUGGGAUCUUAUUGAGAAAUAAUAGAAGAAAAGUGACUCUUUUUACUUCGAUUUCGAUGGCACUGGGAAUGUGCUAUCUUUUUUUAAGGUUAACAGCAGUGCCGUCUCCAAAAAUGGUACCGUAUUCAGAAUUGGUUACAAGCAUACGGAAUGAGUCUGUUUCGAAAGUUCUACUUGAGGAGGGAUCUCGUAGGAUAUAUUAUAAUACACACUCUUCCCUUGUUGGGAAUUCUCAGUUGUCGAAUGAAGAAUUACCAAGUGAUCAGACUGAGAAUGUGGCCGAUGAGGUUGCAAGUGAUGAUGGUCAAAAAUCAGGUCAAACAUUGAACCGGAAUGUAUUGAAGAAAUUAUCAGUGUCUCGAUCUUCAGCUCCUGAAUGGCAGUUUUCCACCAGAAAAGUAGAUCACGAUGAGAAAUUUCUUCUUAGUUUGAUGAGAGAAAAGGGGAUUACAUAUGGCUCAGCUCCUCAGUCAGUGUUGAUGUCAAUGAGGACUACUUUGAUAACCAUAAUAUCUCUGUGGAUUCCGUUGAUGCCAUUGAUGUGGCUUCUUUAUCGUCAACUUUCUGCUGCUAGUAGCCCAGCUAAAAAGCGGCGACCUGAUAAUCAAUUGGUUGGGUUCGAUGAUGUGGAGGGAGUUGAUGCUGCCAAAUUAGAGCUUAUGGAGAUAGUUUUAUGCUUGCAAGGAGCCAUUAACUACAACAAACUAGGAGCAAAGUUACCUAGAGGUGUAUUGCUGGUGGGUCCUCCAGGAACAGGGAAAACACUACUUGCUCGUGCAGUGGCUGGAGAAGCAGGUGUACCGUUUUUUACUGUUUCUGCCAGUGAAUUUGUUGAGAUGUUUGUUGGAAGAGGGGCAGCUCGCAUUAGAGACCUAUUUAAUGUGGCAAGGAAAAAUUCACCCUCAAUCAUAUUCAUUGAUGAGAUUGAUGCAGUUGGAACAAAGCGUGGUAGAAGUUUUAACGAUGAGCGUGACCAAACACUGAAUCAGUUGCUGACAGAAAUGGAUGGAUUUGAGUCAGAUUCAAAAGUAGUUGUUGUUGCAGCGACUAAUCGGCCUGAAGUAUUGGAUCCAGCCCUUUGUAGGCCAGGCCGCUUCUCAAGAAAAGUAGUUGUUGGAGAACCAGACGAAGAUGGAAGGAGAAAGAUCUUGGCUGUACAUUUGAGAGGAGUUCCUUUGGAGGAAGAUGCUAAUCUUAUCAGUAAUCUUAUCGCUUCUCUGACACCAGGUUUUGUGGGGGCUGAUCUCGCAAACAUUGUCAAUGAAGCUGCUUUACUUGCUGCUCGUAGGGGUGGUGAGAGCGUGACUAGAGAAGAUGUGAUGGAAGCGAUUGAAAGAGCAAAGUUUGGAAUCAAUGAUAAGCGACUUAGGCCCACAACAAUAAGCAACGAGCUGGGGAAACUCUUCCCAUGGAUGCCUUCUCUGACUGGAAAGAAUAGUACAAGACAAGAUGGAUCGCAAGGGCCAUUAGGAUACCAAGCUCUGAGCUGAGUAUGUACCUUACAAUUUUAGUGAUAGUCACACACAUAUUACAUUAAAAAUUAAU